CUCUCUCUCUCUCUCUCUCUCUCUUUUCCAGGACAAGUUCUCUUGCAUUCGAUUUUCCUCUCGAACAGUUGGCAGGGUAGAUUCGAAGUAUAACAAAAUUGUAUGUAAGCUCGGUCGAGUGGUGGUCUGCGGUUGAUAAGAAAUUACCAACGGCAGACACUCUUAUUGGUAGCUAUUUGGAGAACGAUCCUUCUUCAAUCCGUACCAGACACAUCCGUCGAAGGACACGUGCAAACUCGCAUUCGUUGAUAGAGGCACACGGCAUAUGCCGUGUUGGUUCAUCGGAUCAGAAGUGAAGGAACUUUAGUUAGGGACAACCCUUUGGAUAACUAACUCUUACCAUGUGUUCUUCUGGUUCAUGGAGUUUAAUAAUAAUUGUAAUACUCGGGAUUUGUUAUGUAUGGAAAACUGGAUUUCUCACGUGGCCACGUUCUACUAGUGUUAGAGCUACGGCGUCGAUAAGAUUAGAUCUUAGUUUGCCUACAACGGCUUUAUCGAUCAAUCGUCAUAUCUUCAAUUCGACAUCGGCUGGAAGAACGAAUGAUAAAAAUCGUAAAAGGUAUCGUGACACGGUAUCAAGAUAUAUGCUUAGACUUUACCAUUUACGUCCGGAGCAUGACGUUGUCAGAGCCCUUCAGCCUAUUCACGUAUCGGCACCUGUAAUCGAUGGAGGAAGGAUCGUUGAGUUUUCUCUACCGUUAGUUGAUUCACAGGAAACAUUGGAAACCGCCGAAUUGCUUGGUACCGCGGGUACUAUAUUUAGAGUAAGGAGCAUAGACGAGAUUUCGAGAAAGACGACUCGGGAAAAAAUGUCAAGGUCAAGAAGGGAUGAAACUUGGAGAGCCUUCAACGUAACAUCAGCGGUCGCUAAAAGAAACGGGAAUCUCGUUAGAUUACAUGUACAUGGAAGGGUCUCUUAUAGGCCAAGAGCUGACGGGCCAAUUUUGUUGUUGAGUUAUAGGAAACCAAAGAGAAGGAAGAGAUAUCGUCGUUCAACGUCCUUGGAACAGGACGAUAACGAGGAAAAUAUACGUUGGGAGGAUGAUAGUCCUCGACGAAGGCGUAGAAACUCUUGCAAAAAGCGUCCACUUUAUGUUGACUUUGCUUUGAUCGCUUAUGACGAUUGGGUCGUGGCACCGCCGGGAUACGAAGCGUAUCAAUGCGCUGGAAAGUGUUAUUACCCGUUCGGUGAUCAUCUCAGUCCGACGAAACAUGCCAUAGUUCAAACCCUUGUACACGGUGCUCUUCAACGUACCGAAAGUAUAAAUGGUAAUAAACCUGUCGGAAGAGCCUGUUGCGUUCCAACGAGAUUGGCACCCACGAGCUUGCUCUAUCUCGAUUCAACUGGUACUUUAACGUAUCAGUAUGGUUACGAAGAUAUGGUGGUAGCGGAAUGUGGUUGUCGGUGAUCAUCGUAUAAGUCGUUUUUUCUUUUUCUUUUUUUUUUUUUUUUGUUUUGUUUUGUUUCGUUUUUUUUUCUUUUUCUUACCCUCCCUUCCCCCCCCUCCACCAUCUCCCUCCCCCUAAAAUCUACAUAUUAUACUCGAUUAAAGCAUCAUUAUCAUUUGCAGAUAUUUUAUAAGGCUUAAUGUUAUAACUUUACAGAUUCUUUUUAUUAAUAAAAUUUUAAUCCUUUAUCUACAAACAUGUCACUUUUAUAAAUAGCAUCCUUGGCGAGUGAUGAAAGGAAAAAAUAAAAAAAAAAAGGAAAAAAAAAAAAGAAAAAUAUUAGGGCUAACUUACGCGCGCGCG